AUGGCCAGCCCCGCGCCCUUGGUGGCCUGCAGCCCCCAGCUGGUGGCCCUGCAGACGCUGCAGCUGCUGCGGCCAGAGUGGGGCUGGGGGGGGGGACCCAACCCCGGGCUCCCGUUCAAUCCAGACCUCGUGUCGGUGGCCCUGGCGUGUCGUGCAGGCCCCAGGCAGGCCGGGGAUAGUGUUGAGUUUAGGAACAUCUGCAGUCGCUUGGCUCUACAAAUUCAAGGGCAAUAGUUUGACAGAGACCUGAAUGCUGCCCACCAGUGUUUGAAGACAAUAGUCAUGAUUCAGUCACUUGCUAAUCUCCCUUCAGACGCCCAUGUGGUGGCCUGUGCUUCUUUGAGACAGAGCUUAUAGGAUCUCCCAGACGUAUGA